GGGGACCGCCCUCUCCAUCCCCCUCCACGCACGAGACACCUCCCCCCUCUCCUCUCUCUCCUCUCUCUCCUCUCUCUCUUCCUCCUCCUCCUCCUCUUCUUCUUCUUCUUCAAGCCUCGACGCCUCCUCGCCCACCAUGUCCGAAGCAGCAACCCUAGCAGUCGAACUAGGCGAGGACCUCGAACCGCUCGUCUCCCAAGCUGCCGCCAUGCUGGCUAGCAAACUGCCCUCCCUCUUCAACAGGCGCGAUACCUCCUCCUCCUCCGACGAGAUGCUCGACUCCUUCCUUAGCAAGAUCAUCGCUCUCCCCGCUGCGACGCCUACCGUCCCUUUUUCUUCUUCUAAUGGUCCUCCGAAUGGUCCUCCUCCCUUUGUUCAUCCUGAUGGACCGCUCCCUACCCCGAUCCGUCCUUCGGGCUCGGUCAUGGAUCUUGCCCCGUCUGGCUGUGCUUUCUAAAUUCAUACUUCGUUGCUGUUGUUCAUUUGUUGGUUGGUACGCUCCUUAGCCUGGAUCCUCUCGAAAAACUUCCUCGCGGCUUCUUCCUCAUCAAGGUUCGUAUCAUCAAACUCGGUCAGGAUCCCCUCGUCACCCGUAGCAGCAGCGGUGGCUAUCCGCCGUCUCCGCUCCACCAGGAACAUCUCCUUGCACACCUCGCGCACCCCGUU